GGCCCCGGCCCUCGCUUCACCCCGACGCCCCGGCGCGCGCGCGCGCGUCCUGCCGCCGACCUGCAGGCCCCGGGGCCUCCGGCUGCCUCGGGCCGCCCGCAGCUCUUCGUCGCGGGGCGCCCCCGCUCCUCCCGUCCACGCUGUCGCCCGGGCCGGCGCGGCCGCGGGCAACCGCUCCCCAUCCCGCACCUACCCCGCCCCCUCCCCGCCUUUUCCGCCCUCCUGGUCCCCUCCCUCGGCCCGCUGCCUCUGCUCCAGAUGAGGUGAUGGCAACGGCCAACUUCGGCAAGAUCCAGAUCGGGAUUUACGUGGAGAUCAAACGGAGCGAUGGCCGAAUACAUCAAGCAAUGGUAACAUCUUUAAAUGAGGACAAUGAAAGUGUAACUGUGGAAUGGAUAGAAAACGGAGACACGAAAGGCAAGGAGAUUGACCUGGAAAGCAUCUUCUCCCUUAACCCUGACCUCGUCCCUGAUGAGGACAUUGAACCCAGUCCAGAAGUCCCUCCACCUCCGACAGCCUCAGCCAAAGUAAACAAAAUUGUAAAGAAUCGGCGGACUGUGGCUUCUAUUAAAAAUGACCCUCCUCCAAGAGAUAACAGAGUGGUUGCUUCUGCGCGUGCCCGGCCCACUCAGCUCCCUGAGCAGUCUUCCUCCGCACAACAGAAUGGUAGUGUUUCCGAUAUAUCUCCAGUUCAAGCUGCAAAAAAGGAAUUUGGACCCCCUUCACGUAGAAAAUCUAAUUGUGUGAAAGAAGUAGAAAAAUUACAAGAAAAACGAGAAAAAAGGAGACUGCAACAGCAAGAACUUAGAGAAAAAAGAGCCCAGGAUGUUGAUGCUACAAAUCCAAACUAUGAAAUAAUGUGCAUGAUCAGAGACUUUAGAGGAAGUUUGGAUUAUAGGCCUUUGACAACAGCGGAUCCUAUUGAUGAACACAGGAUAUGUGUUUGUGUGAGAAAACGACCACUCAAUAAAAAAGAAACUCAGAUGAAAGAUCUUGACGUUAUCACAAUCCCUAGCAAAGAUGUUGUGAUGGUACAUGAACCGAAACAAAAGGUAGAUUUAACACGGUACCUGGAAAACCAAACGUUUCGUUUUGAUUAUGCCUUUGAUGACUCAGCUCCUAAUGAAAUGGUUUACAGGUUUACUGCUAGACCACUAGUGGAAACUAUAUUCGAAAGGGGGAUGGCUACGUGCUUUGCUUACGGGCAGACUGGAAGUGGAAAAACUCAUACUAUGGGUGGUGACUUUUCAGGAAAGAAUCAAGACUGUUCUAAAGGAAUUUAUGCAUUAGCAGCUCGAGAUGUCUUUUUAAUGCUCAAGAAGCCGAACUAUAAGAAGCUAGAACUUCAAGUAUAUGCAACCUUUUUUGAAAUUUACAGUGGAAAGGUAUUUGACCUGCUAAAUAGGAAAACAAAAUUAAGAGUUCUGGAAGAUGGAAAGCAGCAGGUUCAGGUGGUAGGAUUACAGGAACGUGAGGUCAAAUGUGUUGAAGAUGUUCUGAAACUCAUUGACAUAGGCAACAGCUGCAGAACAUCUGGUCAAACAUCUGCAAAUGCGCAUUCAUCUCGGAGCCAUGCAGUGUUCCAGAUUAUUCUGAGAAGGAAAGGAAAACUACAUGGCAAAUUUUCUCUCAUUGACUUGGCUGGAAACGAAAGAGGAGCCGAUACCUCCAGUGCGGACAGGCAAACGCGGCUUGAAGGUGCUGAAAUUAAUAAGAGCCUUUUAGCACUCAAGGAGUGCAUCCGAGCCUUAGGUAGAAAUAAACCUCACACUCCUUUCCGGGCGAGUAAACUCACUCAGGUGUUAAGGGACUCCUUCAUAGGUGAAAACUCCCGUACCUGCAUGAUUGCCACAAUCUCUCCAGGAAUGGCAUCCUGUGAAAAUACUCUCAAUACAUUAAGAUAUGCAAAUAGGGUGAAAGAACUGACUGUAGAUCCCACUGCUGCUGGUGAUGUCCGUCCAGUAAUACAUCACCCACCCAGCCAGAUUGACGAUGUCGAGGCCCAGUGGGGUGUGGGGAGUUCCCCUCAGAGAGAUGAUCUCAAGCUGCUCUGUGAACAAAAUGAGGAAGAGGUGUCUCCACAGUUGUUUACUUUCCAUGAAGCGGUCUCCCAAAUGGUGGAAAUGGAAGAACAGGUUGUGGAAGAUCACAGAGCGGUGUUCCAGGAAUCGAUCCGAUGGCUGGAGGACGAAAAGGCUCUCCUCGAGAUGACUGAAGAAGUGGACUACGACGUAGAUUCAUAUGCUACACAACUCGAAGCAAUUCUUGAGCAGAAGAUAGACAUAUUAACUGAGCUGCGAGAUAAAGUGAAAUCUUUUCGUGCUGCCCUACAAGAAGAAGAACAAGCCAGCAAGCAAAUCAACCCGAAGAGACCCCGUGCCCUUUAAGUUGGCCUUGCUGCUGAAGGACCCCCCAGCACCCUUAAUACUGUAACGGACAUGGUUUAGCUGUAAGGGCCAUUUGAAAGUUUUAAGAUUUUACGUGUCUGUGGAAAAUGUCUUGUCCUUCACCUGAAUGACAUUUCAGUUUUGUGAACCACCUCCGCCUCCAGAAUGCUUCUAGUCCAGGAGGCACAAACAAGAAUUGGGAUUGGUGAAGCAUUACAUUUCAUUUACCCAGUAGUGGUUUGCUUUUGGAGAUCCUUGCCAAUUUCAUUUGCUAAAGGAGGGAGUCGGGUUGUGGACUUGAUCCAGAGGUGGCUGUUAGGGGAAGCCACAGUGUGUCCUUUGAACUCGGUUCAGUUUCCAUAGCCAGACCGCGCAGUUGACCCUUAGCGUGCAUGCAUACCUCAUCCGUGACUGUACAUACUCCGCCACUCCUAGACAGCUGUGCUCACUCCUCCUGCUCUGUGCCUUGACCAGGGCUACGACCCCGAGUUGCUGAAGCACAGCCGAGAAAAAUUACAUUCCUUAUCCAUCAUUGUAAAUUACCGUUACUGUGUGUACAUUUUUACUGUAUUUGAGACAUUUUUUGUGUGUGACUAGUUCAUUUUGCAGGAUGUGCCAUAUCAUUGAACAGAACGUAAGUCUGUGACAGUGGACAUAGCUGCUGAACCAUUCCAUCUUAUAUGUAUAAAAUCUGGAAUUAUGAUUUUAAACCAUAUAACAUGUGAUUUUAAUUUUCUUAGCCUUUUUCUUUGUAAAGAACUAAAAUAUAAACUAGUUGGUGUAUAAUAAAAAGCAACGAAAUUCUGA